CAGAACACAGUAAUUUAAAAAAGUUUUAAAAAAAGUUGGAAGUGUCCAAAGUGAUCACGUAUGUAUGUGGCACGCACGCGCACACAUAUAUGUAACACCACAAUGAGUUCAUCCGUUAUAACAAGACACGGAUUACGACAUUCGCAGGGCAGUGUACUAAACCGAAUUCUCCCACGCACACUACAAACCAAUUUCAAGACUCUUUUAAAGCUUUCUUACAGCACAACACACACUAUGGCACCCGUAAAGCACUAUGAUCUGCUCGUAAUCGGCGGAGGUUCAGGUGGUAUUGCUACAGCCCGCCGAUGUGCCGAAUAUGGCGCUAAAGUGGGCGUAGCAGUUGGUGGGGUCAUUGGAGGCACCUGCGUCAAUGUAGGAUGUGUCCCAAAGAAGGUCAUGUUCAUGGCUGCCUCUCACAUGGAGGGCAUUCAUGACCUGCCGGGAUAUGGAUUCGAUGUGGAUUUCAAGAAGUUUGACUGGGGAAACCUCAAGACGAAACGUGAUGCGUACAUCAAGAGAUUAAAUGGCAUAUACGACAGAAACCUUAACAAUUCCGGAGUGGAUCAGAUUACGGGAUACGCCAAAUUCGUUGAUAAGAACACUUUGGAGAUUUCAGGCAAGCACUACAGCGCCGAUCGCAUUCUGGUGGCAGUUGGGGGCACCCCCUCCAUGCCAAGUGAGGAGGCCUGUCCCGGCGGUGCCAAGUAUGGCAUUGAUUCAGACGGCUUCUUUGAGCUAGAAGAGCUACCCAAGAAAACUGUGGUGAGUGGUGCUGGAUAUAUUGCCGUAGAAAUGGCCGGUAUUCUGGCUGCGCUGGGCUCUGAUGUAACCCUCUGCAUCCGCCACGACCACGCACUGCGAACGUUCGACCAGGAUGUCCAGGAGCUCUUGCUGGAGGAGUUGGCUAACACCGGUGUCAAGGUGGCCAAGAGAACGCAGGUGGUAGAGGCUGUCCUGGCUGAGAAUGGCACCAAGACGCUCACUCUUGAUAAUGAAGGCACCAAGAGCACCAUGGAGGGUGUGGAGUGUAUGUUAUGGGCUAUCGGACGUCACCCUCUCACCAAACAGCUCAACCUGGAGGCUGCGGGUGUAGAAACCAGCAAAAAGGGCCACAUCAAUGUAGACGAGUUCCAGAACACCAACGUGGACACCGUGUUUGCCUUGGGCGAUGUUACCGGAAAGUGGGAGCUGACCCCAGUAGCCAUUGCAGCAGGCAGGAAGUUGGCUGCGCGUCUAUACAACGGCGACCUCAACUCUAAGCUGGAGUACCACGACAUCUGCACUGUUGUGUUCUCUCACCCACCCAUUGGCACAUGUGGCUACACGGAAGAGGAAGCGAAGAAGAUAUACGGUGAGAAGAACAUUAAGAUCUACAAGUCCACGUUCACCAAUAUGUACCACGCAAUGACCGAGAGGAAGACAAAGACUCUGAUGAAGCUGGUUUGCGUUGGGACCGAGGAGAAGGUCGUGGGCAUGCACAUUAUGGGCAUUGGAGCGGAUGAGAUGACCCAAGGGUUCGGUGUGGCCAUCAAAAUGGGAGCCACUAAGAAAGACUUCGAUAACUCAGUAGCCAUCCACCCCACAGCGGCGGAGGAGUUGGUUACCAUGCGCUAGAUUAUAGGCCUAUAAACGAAGUGCCUUGUAGAAGACUGGAUGGGCCUGUGUAGGAUGUGUAGCCUAGAGUUGACUAUUAAUAAAUGAUUGUCACAGUAUAAUUGCUUAUAAACGAAGUUCAUUGCGGUAGACUAUUAUACGUAUUGCUGAUCUGGAUUGUCAUUGAGCGCUGGACCAAUGAUUGGAUGUGUGGCUAACAAUUCGACCCAAAAUAUCAUCCACAGAAUUGCUUCCGGAAGUACAUCAGCUGGUAUAGUGCAUUCAUAGCACACCAUCGUCCACUCAAGUCGCCAAAAACUAUGGGACACCCGGACAAGAAGUCCUCUUUUUAUAUUUCGGUACACGGCAGAUCGCGCCCAAUCUCUGCUACAGUCUUAUACGAUCAGUUGUUUUUCGGCAGCAGAUUGAAUUAUUCGUGGGAUAUCUCGUACAUAGUAUACAUUGUUCUCCACAGUAGAGUGGUAUUCGGUGCACCUCAGCGUAAUCUCGAGUUUGGGGAAAGAAACCAUCACAAGCAAAAGUCUUCUAUUAAACAUGUCUUGAAUGACUUCAAUAGUAAACGUAAUUCGAUUUUUCAUCGUGAGAAGUGCGGGUGUCGCAUAAUCACAUAAAAACCGAGUUGCUACCUAUUAUACUAGACAUCGAGGCACCCCAAGCAAUCGUUCCAUUAUUAAACUGGACACCUGGGCAAUGUAGGCAAUAGUUUCAUGCAGCAUGAGUUACAAACUAUUAUACUAGACACCGAGGCACCCCAACGAAUCGUUCCAUGUAGCAUCUUUACAUCCUCGAGUAGUCUAAUCAUCAUCUAUUUAUACCCAAUCUGAGGCCCUUGCGGGUUAGUACAAUCAAUGCCAACCCCACGCCCGCGUAUAAGAACACGUUCUUGACUCGCCUGCGCGCAUUCACCACAGUCGCAGCCCAGUGUGGCUCGUCGGCGGUGCUGAAACUGUCUCUGCCCACCAAC